GCCACCAAGUGUGUAAAAUUGAAGUUUCAGUAGACAUUAAUCACAGGCUAUAUUAAAUCCCAUCCUAGACACAGCUGUUACUUCUUUGUGCUUGAGUCUCAUCCUAAUUGUAUGUGUGUUUGCUCCUUAAAUACACACAAAGGCAGUGAAAUGGGGAUUGGGAGGCGAUAUGUGUUCCCUGAUGUUAUAUUGAUGUAGGAUAGACAGAUAUUUUGAUGUUAAAAUGUCAUUUGUUUUUAUAGAGAAUUAUGAUUUGAAAUAUUGUGUGGAGAAUAUACAUUAGUAUUAAGUUUCUCAUUCUUUAUUCUCUUGAGGAUAAUUGCAUUAAUUUUCUUUAAAAGAAAUGGAAAACCUUUUAGAUAAUGCUUUGAAAAAAACAAAAAUUUCACAAUGGAUGGAGGAAAGAAAGCAGCAAAAGAAAAAUUUUGCUGAACUCCAGCUAAAGAAAGAAGACUUUAUUACUGAUAGAUUAAAUAAGAUGGAUGUGCUGAACAGGCUUAAAAAUGCAGUGACUAGCGUAAUUCCUGGCAACCCACUGGCUAGAGAUUUUGACAUUCAUGGGCAGGUGGCCAGCACAGGUCCAGGAUUGCUGUGGAAAAUUUUUUCUGCAGUCAAAAAAAGUACCAAAGAGGAAGCAGCAGUUUUCUACUUUGAAAAAAAAGUUCUAGACAAAUAUCACAAGAGAGAUAAAGAAGUAAUUAUAGAGUCUUUACGCAAGGGUGUGCAGCAGCUAACAAAGUUGAGGCAUCCCAGAAUUCUCUCUGUCAUACAUCCCUUAGAGGAAACAAGAGAAGCUUUGGCAUUUGCCACAGAGCCAGUGUUUUCAAGUCUGGCCAAUGUUUUAGGCUCUUGUGACAACCUGAGUGGUGGCUCCAAAAUCCUCUCUGAGUUCCAGCUGUAUGAGGUGGAGAUAAAGCAUGGGUUGCUUCAGAUCCUUGAAGGGCUUGGAUUUCUUCACAAUGAUGCUAAAAUGUUACAUCGAAACAUUUGCCCUUCCUCUAUAGUGCUGGCUAAAUUUGGAACUUGGAAAUUGGCUGGCUGUGAGUUUGUCCAGCAGGCUGGGGAUUCCCAGGACCAGAAGGCAUUCUUCACAUGUCAUGAAUGGAGAAGUGACAUGCCAAGAGAUGCUCAACCCAACUUGGACUACAUGGCUCCAGAGUAUGAAUUAAACCACACCUGCUCUCCUGCCAGUGACAUGUUCUCAUUUGGAAUUCUUAUGUACGCACUACACAACAAUGGGAGACCACUCUAUGAAUGCGAGGGAGAGUUGAGAACUUUCCGUCAAAAUGCUGAGGAGCUUGGUAGCAUGCGAAACUCUUUGUUGUCCAAAAUGCCAUCCCAACUGGCAGAUCAUGUGAAACUGUUACUUAACUUAGAGCCAACUAUACGGCCAGAUGCUGCUCAAAUGAUGAAGAUUCCUUUUUUUGAAGACAUGGCGUGCAUUGCGCUCCAGUAUAUUGACUCACUUUAUCAGAGAGAAAAUAUUGAAAAGUCCAAUUUCUUCAAGGGUCUUCCAAAAAUUAUAGAAUGCUUGCCAAAACGAGUAAGUCAGCAGAGGGUGCUGCCAGCACUGUUCAAAGAAGGGGUCAACGCCAACAUGGUGCCCUUCAUUCUACCCAGUAUAUUCUUGAUCUCAGAGCAGAGCACCACCGAGGAGUACAGAGAGAUGGUACUUCCAGAGCUGAUACCUUUUUUCAAGAUAAGAGAACCAAUACAGGUUAUGUUGAUGUUUCUACAAAACAUGAACCUUUUGCUGAGUAAAACUCCAGCUCAACAGAUACAGACUUAUGUUUUCCCAUUGAUCUUUGCUGCAUUAGAGGCAGACAGCCCACAGAUACAGUCGACAGAUGGUGUUUCAAUGCAGGAACUGUGCUUGUCCAUAAUACCAACAUUUGCAGACCUGAUAGAGUAUACUACACUGAAGAAGUCUAUGAUACCAAGAAUCAAGAAACUGUGUCUUGGAACCUCUGUGCUGAAUGUACGUGUGAACUGUCUGCUGUGUAUUGGUAAAUUGAUGGACCAGAUGGACAAGUGGUUUGUCUUGGAUGAAAUCCUUCCAUUUCUGAGAGAGAUUCCUUCUAGGGAGCCAGCUGUGCUGAUGAGUAUCUUAGGCAUUCACAAAGUGGCCCUGUCGGAGCCAAAGCUCGGUAUCACCAAAGAUGUCAUGGCUAACAAAGUGCUGCCUUUCUUGAUUCCACUUUGUAUAGACAACAACUUAAAUUUAAACCAGUUUAAUGCCUACAUGGGUGUGGUCAAAGAAAUGUUGUCCAAAGUUGAGACAGAACACAGAACUAAACUGGAACAGUUGGACCAGAUACAACAGGAACACAAAACUUUAGAAAUCAGUAAAAUUGUUGGAGAGAAUGGAAGUUUUGGGAAACAAGGAGAAGGAAAGACAUUUAUGGACAAAUUUUGGUCUGGUAUAGGUUUUGGAGGUGGAGGAGGUGGGGAAAGUAUGAAGGUCAAUGCCAGCUCUACUCCAGAAGUGAACUCUGGGGUCAAUGUUACACCAAAGAAGACCACUCUGUCAUUGGAAGAAAAGCAAAAACUGGCUAAGCAACAAGAACAGGAGAAAGCGCUGAAGUCCCAGCCACCGCUAGAUCCUCAGUCAAAGACCCCAUCUACUAGUAAGCCAAGUUCUGUUACACCAUCUUCUGGACCACGGGACCUGACCUCCACAUUGAUGGAAUCCAACAUGCGUAACCUGAGCAUGAGCUCAAAGUCUAGCUCCGGGAGUAAUAUUGGUUCACCAGCUGGAACUCCCAUGUCCACAUCUGGAGGAGCUAACUGGCCAGGCGCAACAGGCAUGGGUGGAGGAGUUAACUGGGCAUCUGCUUCCUCAACCAACUCACAUUACAUGACCCCACAGCCAUCCUUAUCUUCAUCAAACACAUCUUUUCCUUCAGCUGAAAAGCCUAAGGUUGACCUCUCCUCCUUUGAUACUCUGCUGACCACACCAUCCUCUGCUAAAAAGGUGCCAGUGAACCAAAUGGGCCAGACCACAGGCAUGUGGACAGCCUCACAGCCAGGCAUGACGCCUCGACCAUCAUUGGGCAUGACUGGAGCAGGAGGCAUCUCUAACAGCCAGGGCUGGGGACAGAACACAAUGCCCAGCUAUCAGCAGCCCACAUUUGGAGCCUUUACAGCAAGCCCAUCCACCAAUCAAAGCUGGGGGGGAAGUGGCAUUAGGCCCAUGUCUGGAGUAAUGCAGCCUAUGCAGGCAUCACAGCAGAACAGUGCAGCCAAUAAAUCUUUAACUAGUGAUGACCUCAAAGACUUACUUGGAUGACAACUUUAGAUGUUAUAAAAUGUAGGACUGGAAGACUUUUUUUCGAAUCCCAACUUUUGAUUGAGGGAUUAGUGUAAUCAGGUUUUUCAUUUUGUUGUAUUUAUUAAUUGCAUGUAAAUUUAAAACAUCAUACUAAAUUUACGGAUUCAGUUUGAUUUUUGGCAGGUAACUGAAGUGUAAAACAGAAGUUUGUUUCCAGGUCUCAAAGUAUAUGUUAGGUUUUAGGUUUGACCCAUUUAUUGGUAUGAAGUUAGUGACACGCCUGCACAGUUACUUAAACCUCUUGCCAUUAUUCACAAGAGCCACAAUGUUAUUCAACAGCAUAUUAGAAAAACAAAUGUAAGUUUAAAAAAAAAUCCUCAACUUACAAAAAAAAAUCCUCCUUUCUAAUGGAAUUAAAAUGUAUGAACUUGGGGUGUGUAGCCAAAUGCUACUUGCCACCUUGGCUUAUGCUGUUCUAGGACAAAUCAUUUUUUUUUCAAACCAGGUCUUUUAUUCCUAUUAACUUUCACACUUUUGAAAUGUAAUAUUGAAAUGAACAUUAAAAGGUCCAAGUGUUUUCACUUGUUUCUGUGAAGUUUUUGUUUGGCAAGCUCAUUUGACCUGAAGGUCUGUAUUUUCCCCAUUUUGUCUGAUGUGCUAAUGCUAAAUGGUCUCCAACAUGGAGUAAACACGAUUAACCUUUAAGAGGAUUCCAAACAGAGACUUUAACCCCUAUUGGCUUCAAUACUGCCACUUUGGUCCCAUCAAAUUGGAAACAAAAAAUAUAUUGAAUCCCAGCAUUUUCCAAUGUGCUUCUGUUAGGGGCUUUGAGAUGCAUUUGAACUUCAGUGAUGCAAUAUUGAACAAAACAUCCAUGUCACAUCAUGGUAUGCAUAGUCAAUGGAACACUGAAUCUAGGAAAUUUGCUAAUUUUAAAUCAAACUUUUACAUUCUUAGAAUUAUUGCUAUUAAAUUAUAACACUUACAGAGCCAGAUUUAUGACUGGGCACUGCCUAGGGCCUCACCCUGAAAGGCUUGAGGCCUCCACAUUUUAAAAAUAUAAAGUUUUCACUAAAUAUACAUAUUAAAUAUGUGGGAAAAAAAAGAAAAAUUCGGUAAAAUAUACUAGAACUCUUAAUUCUUUCUUCACAAAUACUAGUUUUUAGGUUUAUUAAUAUCAAGAGCAUUUCUAUUGAAGCUUAAGAAGUGUAGUGUCCUUCAAAAAAAUACUGCUCAGAGGCUCCACUUA